GAUUCGACCGGCACAUCGGAUUUACUCUUCAUUCUUUCGGAAAAACCAUUUCUGCAUCCGCGUUGAGGAACUGGUGCCUGUAUCAGGUUUGCGCAGGGGCGUCCUGAAACCACUCGCUUGAAGCCAAACUGUCAGAGCUUUGACGCAAAGCUUGACCGCGGAUCUCGAACACGUUUCGAAACAGCGUAAAGUUUUGGCUCGAAGUCUCUGUCGACAUCAACGACAUCAAAACGAAACGUUCAACGAUGAGAAACACGAGCCAUUGCCUUUGUCCGUGAUGGCAGAUGCCGUGCGACUCCGCUAAACGAGAGGGGAAAAUGUUGGUUACUGAUUCGAGGUCCACCCAGUCCAAUAGCGUUUGAUACCAACAUCUGAAAGAGAAGACAUGUGGACUUCGUUCCAGAGCGGAGAAACAUGCCUGUUCGAUUACGCCUUCAACCUUCACGGUACGGCCUGCUGGGGGUUACGUUGACAUUGCAUUCGGAUCUUGCGUUCUCCGCAAAAGCAAUAUCGAACGCUGCAAGUCAAGAGGUCCAUCCAAUCUAUCCGACCGGAUUCCAGGAAGCAGACCGCACACGAGUACGCAGAGGGCCUCCGUUUUCGCGGCCAUGCAGCCAAAGAGGCCACUGCGCGAGCGAAUCCAAUAUGUUGGCUGGACACGCCAGUUACCAAGGAUUGAGGCUGGAAGCGAGGCAUUUGCGGCUUUCAAUAGUCCCAGGCCAAGUCAUCAUCAGACCAUUUGCUGGCAUUUUCCUGCCAUAUUUGGGCAUAUUUGCCGGCAUUCAAAGACUACCACAUGCAGUGCACGGUGUACCAACCUCCCCACAGGCCGCGGGUGAAUCGGGCACUGGGGACUUGCCUCGAACCUUUCCUUCUGCAGGUUCUACGGAGAGUCACCUCCUCAUAUGUUUGGGGAAGCAGUACACACGACCUGAUAGCAAAGACCGAUGGAGGUCUCCCUCGCGCAUAGCAUGAGUACUUCACCUCUUUUUCGUCAAGCGGUUGCACGAUGACCAAAAUAAUGUCCUCCUGCUGUUGGCUUGCGGCUCAGUGGG